AAACCGCAGGAGUGGAAACGGAAAAGGAGCUAGAGGAGAGUCACGGUAAGAACAUCUGUGUCUUUGGACCAUUAGGUUCGACCCCCUCCGCCCCUCGCACAAAUGUGUGGAGGCACUGCGGCACACUUGCGGGCAAGCGUGGCUCUGCGUUCAAAGGGAGAGCGGAAGACGGGAGGAGGGGAAGACUUGCCAAGAGGGAGGGGAGGUCGGUUUCCUCCCCCCCAGCACACGCCGCUAGAACACACCGGGAGAGAGAACGCACUCUUGACGCAGGCAGGAACACAACCGCGAAGGAAAAACAACCGCGUCCGUCGUCAGCUUUUCUUCCGUGCAGGUGGACACUUGCGGACUAUUAUGGGGGCAAGAGAGCGCUCCUGACCGGGCUCGACUUGCCGCGAACCGCCGCUCUUGUGGUUCAAGUCUACGAGGAAACAUAGGCGACAUGUUCAGGGGCUUUUUCGUCUUGAGCUUGCGGUAGGAUGUUGUGUCUCUUAUACGAGCGGCACUCACUGUAAAUCGAAGGGGGGAAAGAGGCAAAUCCCUAAUGGACAUUUUGGCGGUAGGCAGCCAUUUGUUGUGAUCGCUGCUGAUUAAUGUGAUUUGUUAUAUUCGGGCAUAGCAUAGGCCUCUUAGAAAAGCGGCGACGCCGUAAACAGUAGGCGCUAUAUUUGAAUAGCUUUACCGUGCAAAUUCACGUUUAUUUAGUUUAUAUUUGGCAGAGGCUUGUUGAAAGGCCCAUGCAUUUCAAGUGCUUAAUUUAACCUCCAGUUACAAGCACAAAGUGAGAAAACCACCCUGGGCCCUCUGAUAACCUAAAUAAGGGAGAAAUAAGAACCAUCGUUUUUAAAUGUUAAUGUCGACCGACGUUGCAUCUAUCAUGCUGCCCGUGUCCCGUGGACUUUUGGAGCGGGAUAGAGAUCUAGACGCCCUGGCCGGAGUGCAUCCCAACGCGGGCGGCGCUUCUUCUGCUGUCCGGGGAAUGAAGCGAGGAGACCCGGAGCCCGAUGGGCCGACCGCGGCCUCGCUGAUCGACUCGACAGGAGCUGAGUGCAAGCGCCCCCGAAUAGAUGGGUCGGGAGGGAUCGGCGAGCUUGGACAGAAUAAUGACCCGCUGACCCUCGCUUACCAUGGAUACCCAUCUCACGGUCAGGGUUCCCAGGAUAGUACUUCUGGUCAGGAGGGACUUGUACCUCCGCCUUUCGCAGCCUUCCCUCCUCCUCCUCCGCCUCCUCCGCAGAACGGCCUUACCCUGGACUACGGCGGCAGCCUGUAUGCAGCGAGCGCAGUGCAGGGCCCCGUGGAAGCCGGCGGAGCAGUGAGCAGUGUCGUCAAUGUUGUCAACAGCCUCAGUGUCCAACAGUCAGAUGGCUCCUCACAGAUUGAUGGCCAGUCAGGCUCAGGAGGAGGAGGAGGAGGAGGUAGCGGCGGCGGGGGAAGCAUCGGAGAUGAUUCAGACGCCAAGGGGACACCCAAACGCCUCCACGUAUCCAACAUUCCCUUCCGCUUCCGAGACCCUGACCUACGGCAGAUGUUUGGGCAAUAUGGCAAAAUUCUUGAUGUCGAGAUAAUUUUCAACGAGAGAGGGUCCAAGGGCUUCGGUUUCGUAACAUUCGAGACGAGCGCCGAUGCUGAGAGGGCCCGAGAGAAGCUUCAUGGUACACUGGUGGAAGGACGUAAGAUUGAGGUCAACAAUGCCACAGCCAGAGUGAUGACCAACAAGAAGAUGACGACCCCGUAUUCCAAUGGAGAGGGUCUUGCAGCUCUACCAUAUGCUGGUUGGAAGUUAAGUCCUGUGAUGGGAGCCAUGUACAGUCCUGAGCUCUACACGGUGCCAGGGUUUCCGUACCCAGCUGCAGCGGCAGCGGCCGCCUCCACGGCCGCAGCGACCUUCCGCGGUGCUCAUCUGCGGGGUCGUGCGCGGCCCGUCUACAGUGCGGUCAGGGCGGCUGUGCCACAACCUGCCAUCCCCACCUACCCUGGCGUGAUGGCCUAUCAGGAUGGGUUUUACGGUGCCGCUGAUCUUUAUGUAAGUAUAAGUGUCGCUCCGCCCCACUGCCUCACCCUUUCCUCCCUAUGUUUCGACCCCUCUUGCCCGUAGGUUUUCAAGUGUGACAAUGGCACAGAGCAAACCCACUAAGACGCAUAGUCCUGAGUGUUUUCAGCAUCAAACCAAUCGUCAUUCCGUCACAGCCGUUGCAUUGCAUUAAAACAAAUGACACAUCAAGUCCAGAUGCUUUCCACACAUGAGCGUUCUCCUGUAGGGUUUGCGUCUGUGCUUUUGUGAGUUGUGUACCAUUACAAUUAAGACUGCGUGAUGGUGCAUGCGAGUGCGUGAACAGGUUGACAAGAGCUGUUUCUGUUCUCUCUGUAGACUAGUGUUUCAGGACAUUAGUGGCAGAUUGCCUCAGGUAGGGUUGACACUCUCCAUGCGAGAGCCAGUGUGCAUCCUCCUCGUCGCCAAUGACUGCGUGCUGCUAGACAUUUUUUGACCAUCUGAGAUUGAGAUGCCUUCUCUGUCUUCUUCUACUAACUCACUGAAUUCUGACAAGGGUGGAAUUGCGGAAGGGGGAGAAAAUAUCUUGCACCAGGGAGGAGAUGGAUAUACAGUCGAACCUCGUUACAACGUACCCCGGGAGACAGAACCAAUCUGGAUGUUAUAACAGUAGUUCGUUGGAACCAUUUCCAAUAAAAUGGCCGCCAACUACGACGUACAAUAUAGUAUAAACAUUUAUGGAUGUAAAAACAUGAACAUGUAAUACAGUAUGAACAUGUCAAUUACAAAUACGUGUACACAAUAUGAAGAAAACAUUCAGUCAGCAAAUUGCUUCUCCAGUUGAAGAUGCGCAAGGAUGAGGAUGUAUAACUUUAUUGUAAAAUUUUAGUACUAAAUUCAUGUUGAUAAAAAUACUGCAGCUGAUGAAAUUAAAGCUACCACCGGAUUAUUUUACUCGUGGGAGUAUUUUGCAUCGGAGAGAGAGUUUAAAAAAAAAAAGACAGAUAUUCCAUUUUUACUGCAGCAGGUGGUGUUUGCAGUUUAUGUUGAUGUAAAAAUAAACCGUCAUGGAAAACUGUUAAGUACUCAUUAAAAAACUAAAAGGCUAAUGUUUUGGAUUUAGAAUACUCAACUCAACUGUAUUUAUAGAGCACUUUCAAACAGCCAUCGCUGCAGACAAAGUGCUGUACAUGCUGGAUUUAGAAGGCUGCAAAUUACAAGUGCAUUAAUAACUUGUUUGGUGGUAAUACUGAAAAUUAUUAAAUCAAAGAGCCUGCAUACAGUGUCAUUCAAAGCUGAACCUUCGUCCUUGCUAAUCUUUUGAAAUUUUGUAGGUGUGUCGAAUAAACUGAUUGGUGAAUGCAGAUGCUGUUGCAAUGCCCUGCUUGCUAAUGACAGCUCCAAAUAAAGUAACCGGUAGUAAAUAAGGUUGGAAGAACUUAAAACAUGUUCUAGUCCAGUAGAAUGUGAUUCAAGUGGAGUUGAAGUCUAUUCGCCAAUGACGUCAUAACGUUUUUUUUUUCCUGCCCACUAUAGCGGUCCUCAACCUUUUUUGCAAUAUGGACUGGUUUUACAGUAAAUGCAUUUUGACAGACCGACAUAUAAAACUAAUUAU